AUGUUGGAUAAAAUAUUCAAAAAUAUAAACGGUUUUCUAGUCUGUGAAAUUGAAAAGCCUGUUAAUUUACAAAAACUCAAUUAUCUUAAAUUAAAUCACAAAGGUAUGUUACACACCGAUAUCAUUCAAGAAAAAGUUCAUUUAAAUGAGUAUGUUCAUUUGAUAAAUUACGAAGACGAUUCGAAUAAAAACGGUAAAAUCAUUGUUAAAAUCUGUGAAAAAACCUUCCGUCCUUUUUUUACCAUCGAUCAAGAAACUUCAUUUUACUCAGAAUUAGUCAAGAUUACCAAAAAAGUAAUUAUCAACAACGACGACGACAAAAAUAAUGUAAAAAUAUCCUACGAUACAAUUGAUUCAUUAGAAUUUGAUAAAAUUCUAUCUUUGUAUAAUCUAUUUCUUCGUUGUGCCAAAGAUUCUAAGAAAUAUCCCACUUUACCAGAAUACCUCGAGUAUGUUUCAAGAAAGAAGAAAUUCAACCGCGAUUUGGUAACAAUUUUUCCACCUGACGUUUACGCCAGCCUUGAGGACGUACAUUCGCGAUAUCAAAAUGUGAUGGAAACCGUCGAUGUCAAUAAGUUAAUUGAAGUGUUCAAAAGGUAUGCCAAACGACUUGAACGUAUUAAAGAGGAGGUAGUCCUAAAAUUCAACAAUGACCAUGCAUUCAACGAAUUCAUUACUUGGGAAGAAUAG